AUGCCCAUGUUAACAGUCAGCCCUUCCACCCAUGCCUCCGCACAAAGAGAAGUGCUGCGAUUGGUACAAAGACAAAGACCGGAUUUAGAUGAGGACGUGCUGUCUUUUAUCGACAUUGUCGAUGCUACCAUCGGCGCCAAGAAGGGCGAGGCAGAUUACAAAGCACGAAGGCAGUGCUUGAUAACUAUUGUGACCUUAAUCAGACUAAUCGCUGGGAUUUGCAUUGACGCAAGCAGUGCAUUGAGCGCCGCUAUCACAGCUAAUCACGGCUCGCGAUUGAGCAACGCGGUGACGAAGAUGGACCUAAGAGACUUUUAG